UUGCACAAACAGAUUCUAUACAAGAGCUUUGAAAAGAUUAAAGACCUCCAACAAAAAUUACGUCAUGUUCUAUUUCAGGACGUCGGAUGUCUUGACAAUGAUCGCGUUAUUCUUCAUAUAGGCCCUGUCUCAUAUAUUCAUGCAAACUACGUGUCAUCACCAACAAAUCCGAAACGAUUUAUAUGCACUCAGGCGCCACUUCCCAAAACUUGUCCCGACUUUUGGUAUAUGGUGGUUCAAGAGAAGUCUGCAUCCAUUCUUAUGCUAUGUAAUUUUGUGGAGCAGAAUGCCAAAAAAUGUGCCGAAUAUUUCCCUACCGAGGACGAUAAGCCACUUUCAUUCGACGGCGUGACGCUUCCUUUCCCGUUCGAAACUCGAAUCCAUAUACGCGUUCGGCAUUUGGAAGUCAACGUGCCAGGUCAGCCAAUGCACCCCUGUAAGCACUACCAUUGGCAGGAUUGGCCGGAUCGUGGAGUUCCAGACGCUGAUCUAGCGCCAAUUGUAUUGUUAUCAAAACUCAAAGAUAGCUCUGCUCCCAUCAUUGUACACUGCUCGGCCGGAAUUGGUCGUACAGGAUCCAUAGUUUUGAUACAACACGCUAUGGAACUACUGCACAUACCGGCACCUUUACUCGAAAUCUCUACUUAUCUUGUGGAACUUCGUAAACAAAGAAACAAUAGUAUACAGACUGAACACCAGUACCUAUAUAUCCAUCAAGUAUUGCUGCUCUAUUUAAAGAAGACCAAAUAUCUAGAUGAAAGCGUGACACCAUAUAUGGAAGCGUUCACGAGAGAUUAUAUCAAUGCCACGAAAGGCUUCUGA